UAAACUAUUAUCUGUGGUUGGACAACUCACAACAGUUGAUAAGCUAAUUAUCAAACCAUAAACAUAACCUAAAAAGAAGUAAUCAAUAUUUUUGUUUAUCGUUCCCAAAAAGAUGUAAUGUGGUAUGUCGGAAAUUUGUGAUAAAAUCAAUAUGGCCUCCGCCGUGUAUUAUUCUUACGGGAGAACGUUAGUAGCCAUUUUUGAAAAUGGACAACCCAAGUUACUGCUGGCUUACCUGUUUAUUUGUUCACGAAUUCUUUGCAAUAUUAUAAUAAAUAACAUUAUAAAAGCGAUACCAAGCUGCGUCUACAUGUCUAUCUGUAAUUACUAAUUUGUAAUUUUUAUGCUUUUUGCGAUACAUAGUUUUUGAAUUUUGCUUAAACGUUGGUUUGCCGGUCUUUAACGGUUUAAAGUAUGCACGUUUUGUGAAAACAUGGAAAACACAGCUGUUACAGUCAACGAUGUAGAUACGGACUUUUUGCCUUUAAUUCACGAUAUUAUAAAAAGUGGCGAAAGAGAAAAUCACGAACCGCAAAAAUCGGCCCAAGAGGUAACGCAAAAAAUACAAGAUCUUCAAAAGAAAAUCGAUCAAGCUCGAGAUCAGAUUCGCAAACUACCCGGUGUCCAGUACAAUAGUGAACAACAGCUAAAAGCCAUGGACGACCUUCGGCAAUCUCUACAGAUGAAAAGACAACUGUUGUUAAAAUACAGACACUUGUAUUCGUUUGAUGUUCCAAAGUAUUAGAACUCAUAAUGGUUUUUUUUUUUUUUUACAUUUGAGGUGAAUUUUUUUUCUUUUCUUUUUUAUGUUUUGUAAUGAGAAUAAAAUAAGUAAUAUGAACACCGAGGAGAAAAUCAUAAAAAAAAUAUAUAUAUUCUGGUUACGAUUAACUAUUGUGUUGUAAAUUGAUUUUUUUUUUAGCAAUAAAAAAGUGAUAUAUAAUAAUGUAUGUAAAUUUUAGUUUUAAUUCAAAAUACUUAAGUCCCUAUUAAGACCAACUCCAUUGUCAACAGUUGCCAAAAAUCUAUUUUUAAAACAUUAAAAUUUUUGUGUUGAAUGGAAGGGUAGUAGCUCUGAUGUAAAAACAAAAAGAAGGAACACCUCUCCAGCUAUAUAAAAGGCCAAAAAACUUAGCCAGGUAGUUCUUGGUGAAGUGCUAAACCCAGAAGCCAAAAAUAAUUAUAUUUUACUCAACUUACUAAUAAUUUUCAUUAAAAUCGUUCUAACUAUGUCAAAACUAAUAAUAUUUUUUAAGCAAAAAAAAAAAAUUCUGAAAGCUGUCACCUUCAAAAUGUUUUUACAUUUACAUUACACUACUGAUCUUGUUAAUUCUCAAUGAUAGAAACAAUGAUUUAAAGAUACCAAUACAUUUUUAUUGUUGUACUGAAUAAUUUUAAGUCAUAACGUAAUUGUUAAUAUAUUUUUAUAAUUGUUUUAAGUUUACAGUUCGC